AACUGCUUUUUCAGAUCACUGGCAUAUGCGAUUUGUGGAAGUGAGGACAAACAUUUGAAGAUUCGCCGUGCAGUUGUCAAACACCUGAAAAUGAACGCUUCAAUAUUUGAGAGGUAUGUGAGAAGUGAGUAUACUUCAGUAGAGGACUACUUGAUACAAUCUAGAGUCUAUUAUUCUGGGUCAUGGGUCACUGAAAUUGACAUCUUUGCUUCUGCUGAUCUAUUUAAAACAACAAUAAUGACUUUUAAUGAUGGCCGGUGGAAUGCACACAAACCUACUGGAGAGGUAAUUGUAAACAAUGCAAUAUAUUUGAAAAACUGUAAUGGUAAUCAUUAUGAAGUUGUGACAUGUGUCAAGCACAGAGAUCAAGACAUUUGCGCAGCAAAGUGUGGGAAUGCUACUUCAAAUGAGGUGAGAAUGCUAUGUCUGCGUAAAAGGAAGGUAAGUGACGCUGCAGAAUGUGACCAAGAGACCAAGAGACAGAAACAAUGGAAGUAUGAGAAGUCCAAGUAUGAUAGUGACAUUGAUUUCAGACAGAAUAAAAUUGCCCAUGCCAAAACAAAAUACCGUGAUGUUCAGUUUCAGAAACAUGUUUGCCAGUAUUCUCAGAUGAAAUAUAAAAAUAAUGUCUCAUUUCAGGCAACUGUACGUGAGUAUUCCAAGAAGAAAUAUCUUCAAAACCUGGCCUUUAACACAAGAGUGCGUGAGUAUUCCAAGAAGAAAUAUCUUCAAAACCUGGCCUUUAACACAAGAGUGCGUGAGUAUUCCAAGAGGAAAUAUCUUCAAAACCUGGCCUUUAACACAAGAGUACGUGAGUAUUCCAAGAAGAAAUAUCUUCAAAACCUGGACUUUAAAGUAAGAGUGCGUGAGUAUUCUAAGACAAAAUAUCACAAAGAUGUAAACUUUCAUUUCAGUAAAAUACAAAAAGGCUGUGAGGUAUAUGCAAAAAAAAGGGAAAAACAGAAAGACAUUGGUGUUGCCAUUGCUGGUUUUCGUCAAGAAGUGAGUAGAGGUCCAGAGUUUGUGUGAUGUGUUUGUCACCGUUUACUUUUCAGAAAGCAGGUUACUGAAUGCAAACCAGAAUGCUAUGAAGACAAAGGAGACAAAAUUGCUGCUUUGGCAAGAAGAUGCAUCACCCUGAGAUUGAGGUCCAUGAAGGUCUGUUCAAGUUCACAAGUGAAAACGGUAUGUUAUUAGACCAUUUAUUUCAAAUCAUUUCAAUAAGAAAAUGAUUCAUUUGUUGUAAUUUCUGCAAGUCCACUAGUAUGCUAUCAAGAAAGGUUUACUCAUGUAAGGUAAUAUGUCUGAUUUAUGCAGCACGCUGAACUAAGAAAUGUAUAUAAUUACACUGUCUAUUCUGUUUUUGUUCGUACAAUGUGACGCACAUCUUGAGAUUCCAAGGUCUAUACAGUCCUGACCAUUCCAUACCAAGUUCUAUCCAUUGUUCAUCGGGCACAAACCAGCACCUCCCAUAAUUGCUCUUCUUUCUGGAGCUCCAAAGCUACAUCCAGUCAAGUCUAAGCCAUCCAAACAACACUGGAUGCUUCCAAUCAGCAUAGGAAGCAUCCACAAAGACUGCCUGCAUUCCUACAGUUGUCUUAUAAAAUGCAAUUAAGUUAAUAGGAUUACAAGAAAACAUCUAAAAAUGAUCUAGAAAACUUCACAUAGAAAGAUUUCUGAAUGAACUGAAGUUAUAAUUUCCUCCAUAUGUCAUCACAAGAUUAUCUGCACCAUGAACUUUUAUAAAGAAUCGCACAACUAUUAAGAUGGUAAGUUUUAUUGAAGUAAAUUUAAGUUGUGGACAUUUAUACAAGCACUGAUAAUCUACUAAUGGUACACUUUCAGAUUUGUGCAGCAACUCUAACUACUGUUGAUAUUUUGAAGUCCACAUAUCCCUAUACAAAUGUCCACAAAAGAUUUCUGAAAUUCACAGAAGUCAUAAUUUCCUCCAUAUACCCAUCACAAGAUUCUCUGCUCCAUGAACUUUUAUAAAGAAGCGCACAACUGAUAAAACAAUUUGUGCAGCAACUCUAACUACUGUUGAUAUUUUGAAGUCCACAUAUCCCUAUACAAAUGUCCACAAAAGAUAUCUGAAAUGCACUGAAGUCAAAACUUCCUCACAUAUACCAAUGAAAAGAUUGUAUGCGGCAUUAACUUCUCUAAAGUGUACAACUGAUUAAAAAAGAAAUAGUGACAACAACAUUCUUCUGAACUAUCAAUUCAAAAAUUGUUCUGAAAAAACUUUAAACCUAUGCAGGCAGUCAAUAGUCAAUUGUUAUUUUACAAAUGAAUACAUAAUCUCCACAGUAACAAUGUUGAAUGGAUGGCUUGUAUUACAUUUGGCCUAUGUAUAGUUACUUUAAUAUGUGCCAGCCAAAAGAGGAUGGCCUGCCCCUGCUGAGUCUGGUUCCUCUCAAGGUUUCUUCCUUUGCCACUACGCUGAUUAUGCUCCAGCCCUUGGUCCAUGAUGUUCCACACUGCUAUCUAUGGGAGUUUUUCCUUGCCACUGUCGCCUUUUUGGCUUGCUCACUGGGGUAUUAAGGCACAACAUGUUAAA